UCGUUCCAUCCAUUUCUCCCAUCGGAUCGCGAUUUCCUUCAUCCUAUCUCGGUCGCUUUGACCGCUGCCACCCUUCCGCCCACCACCGGCGGGAGGGAGCUAUCCGGGCCUCCCUCCGACGGCAUCUCCAACCUCCGUUUCUCCAACCACAGCGACCUCCUCCUCGUCUCGUCCUGGGAUAAGAGUCUUCGUCUUUACGAUGCCGGGGCGAACGUUCUCGAGGGGGAGUUCGUGCAUGCUGGCCCCGUCCUCGAUUGCUGCUUCCACGAUGAUUCAGCAGGGUUCAGCGCCUGUGCCGAUCAUACGGUUAGAAGCUAUGGGACGUUUGCAACGGGAGGUUGCGACGGUUAUGUUAACCUAUGGGAUGGCAACAAUAAGAAAAGACUUUAUCAGUAUUCAAAAUACCCAACAAGCAUUGCUGCAUUAUCUUUCAGCAGAGACGGCCAUCUGCUUGCCGUAGCAUCUAGCUACACAUUUGAGGAGGCUGACACACUUCAUGAGCCCGAUGCCAUCUUUGUGCGGAAUGUAAACGAAGUCGAAGUAAAACCAAAGCCAAAGGCAUAGCCUGCACCACCUUCAUAAUAAACUGUUCCUCGAAUAUGAGAAAUAGCUCCUUCAAUUUGUGGUGUAUUUAAUUUUCAGUUGUUUUGUUCUCACAUUUUUUGUAUUUCUGGAAAAUUUAUGCCUGUAUCUGUUUCUGCCUAUUGUGGCUGCUGCAUUUGAAUGGC